AUGCUAAAAAUUCUCCUCCCUACUAUUAUGCUUAUCCCCACUAUUUGAAGCAUCCCAGCCAAACACCUCUGAUCCGCCACCCUUUCUUACAGUUUAGCUAUUUCCUUAAUUAGCUUAACCUGGCUAAAAUCGUCCGCAGAAUCAGGCUGGUCCUUCCUUAGCCCUUACAUGGCAACUGACCCCCUCUCCACCCCCCUCCUCACACUAACCUGCUGACUUCUCCCUUUAAUAAUUCUUGCAAGUCAAAACCACACAGCAUCUGAACCUUUCUCCCGCCAACGAACCUACAUCACUCUCCUUACAUCCCUACAAAUUUUUCUCAUUAUAGCCUUCAGUGCAACCGAAGUAAUUAUGUUUUAUAUUAUAUUUGAAGCCACCCUCAUUCCAACCCUAGUAAUUAUUACUCGCUGGGGAAAUCAAACAGAACGACUAAACGCGGGCACUUACUUUCUAUUUUAUACGCUAGCAGGAUCCCUACCACUACUCGUCGCCCUUUUACUUCUCCAAAACAAUACCGGGACCCUAUCCCUCCUGACACUACAAUAUGCCCCUUCCAUACAACUUUUCUCUUUCGCUGACAAGCUAUGAUGGGCCGGGUGCUUGCUCGCCUUUCUAGUAAAAAUGCCCCUUUAUGGGGCCCAUCUUUGACUUCCCAAAGCACACGUUGAAGCCCCAAUCGCCGGCUCCAUAGUACUAGCCGCAGUUUUACUAAAACUGGGGGGUUACGGAAUAAUACGCAUAAUGAUUAUACUAGAGCCCCUCACCAAGGAACUCAGCUAUCCCUUUAUUAUUUUAGCCCUCUGAGGAGUGAUUAUAACAGGCUCCAUCUGCCUACGCCAAACAGACUUAAAGUCACUAAUUGCUUACUCCUCAGUAAGCCACAUAGGUCUCGUAGCAGCAGGAAUUCUAAUCCAAACCCCCUGAGGCUUCACAGGCGCCCUCAUUCUAAUAAUCGCACACGGCCUGACUUCCUCCGCCCUCUUCUGUCUAGCCAAUACAAAUUACGAACGCACACACAGCCGGACUAUAGUUUUAGCCCGAGGACUUCAAAUGGUCUUGCCCCUAAUGACCGCGUGAUGAUUCAUUGCCGGCCUUGCAAACCUCGCCCUUCCCCCUCUUCCAAAUUUAAUAGGGGAACUAAUAAUUAUUACCUCCUUAUUCCACUGAUCUUGAUGAACAAUUGCACUUACCGGAGCCGGAACCCUUAUUACUGCAAGCUACUCCUUGUACAUGUUCCUUAUAACACAACGAGGUCCCCUACCAGCACAUAUUAUUUCCCUCGACCCAACACAUUCCCGAGAACACCUACUCCUAACCCUCCACCUCCUUCCCCUAAUUCUUCUAAUCUCCAAGCCCGAAUUAAUCUGAGGCUGGGCUGCCU